AUGGUUCCAGAGUCAUAUGACAUCACAGUUAUUGAUUUAGAAAGCAAUGAAGUUAAGUUUCCUCAAGGAAGUACAAUUAAAUGCAAUAACGGUCAUUUGCUGUUAAUUGGAAAACCGUAUUUCCGUUCAGAGGCAUGUUUGUCACCUAGUAUUGUUUGCCAUGAUGGAUCUAAAACAUUGGUGAAAAAACUAAAUGCAUGCAAACUGGUUAACGAAAUUAUUGAUGUAUUGAACGACAUGAUUGGAGGUUGGGCAGUUAUUUAUUACAGGGAAGACUUCAAGAAAGUACUGCUCGGACGUGAUGUAUUUGGCCGAAAAAGUUUAUUGUGGAAGCGAAUGGAUAAAAGAUUUUAUUUUUCUAUUUUCGCGUGUGAUCAACAGCGCAGCUGGUACGAUGUGCCUUCGGGUACUGUGACUGUUUUUAGUUUAGACAAUGAAGAAAAUACCACUAUAUUUCAUGUUUUUGAAGACAACGGACCAUGGUUAAAACAAUUUAAUAAACUGUGUCGGGUACAGAGGAAAGGAGUUUCAGAAAGACUCAUGCCUUCUCAUGAAUUGUCUUUUAAAAAUGUAAGUCGCGAAGAUAUGGCAAAGAUUAUGUUGAAACAGUUGAAAGAAGCUGUAUAUCGUAUAACUUCUAACUUGGAUAAUUUUACGAACUGUAUAUCACUAUCGUUCAGUGGUGGUGUAGACAGUUUGUUAGUUGCUCAUUUGUUGGCUCACUGUAUGCCGCAAAAUGUACUGUUCGAUCUAGUGAAUGUCGCUUUUGACAAGGGAAAGAAUUAUGAUCGAGCUCCAGAUCGACUACAAUGUAAAAAGGCAUUCAGAUAUCUCAAAUAUUACUAUCCUGAACUCGCUUUUCGUUUGCUUCUGGUUAAUGUUGAUCUGAAUGAACUGGUAGAUUGCCGAAAAAAAUACAUAUCAACUUCAGUGGCUCCAGCUUGCUCUGUCUUAGAUGAUUCAAUUGGAUGCGUACAGUGGUUCGCUGCUCGUGGUGAAGGACUCCUAUUCGAGGAUGAGGAAAAGCCACUUGUACCUGAAAAAUCAGAAGCCAAAACUGUAGUUGUUGGUAGCGGUGCAGAUGAAUUGUUUGGUGGUUAUAUGCGGCAUAGAACCACUUAUUUGAAAAGAGGAAGAAACGCGGUGGUGGAAGAAUUGCGUGAAGAACUGAAAAGGAUCGGUGAAAAAAAUCUUGGACGUGAUGAUAGAGUGGUUUCAAGUCUGGGCAAGGACCUAAAGUCACCAUUUCUUGAUGAUUUAUUCGUUGAAUGGGUUGCGUCUCUACCGCUUGAAUACAAAUCCGACUUUACGCAACCUAGAGGAGUUGGCGAAAAGUGCUUGAUACGAGAGGCAUUAAAGCUAUUGGGAACACCACAGACGUUAUGUCUCACUCCAAAACGUGCUAUGCAAUUUGGUACGAGAAUAGCAAAUUUGGAAAAUCGAGGAGAAAAAGGAAACGAUUUUUGUCCUAGACUUUUGGGAAAAUGA